AUGCCCGAUGACUCCAAGUCGCAGAAGAUCGUGCUCAAGGUGGACAUCGCCGGCGACGAGUGCAAGGCCACCCGCGCCAUGAGCACCGUCGCCAAGUUCUGCGGGGUGAAGUCGAUGGCGGUGGACGGCGAGAAGGGGACGCUGACGGUGGUGGGCGCGGUGGACGUGGUGCGCGUGGCCAAGGCGCUGCGCAAGGCCGGCUUCGAGGCGCGCGUCCUCAGCGUCGGCCCGGAGAAGGCGGAGGAGAAGAAGCCCGACGAGGCCGCCGCCAAGAAGCCCGCCGACGACGACCCCAAGAAGCCGCCGCCGUGCUGCCCGGGCUGCAGCGCCUGCUGCCCACCGGUCCCGGUGGCUCCCUUCCCCGGCGCCGUCGUGUGCUACGAGGAGCGCCCCCCGGGCAACGACUGCGUCAUCCUCUGAUGGUGAUCGCAGGCUACGGACUGGAGGUUGCAAUGCCACUCCUCGUGCAUUUUCAAUUUUGAUAGUUCCGUCGUUCAUCCUCAAAGAUCAAAUGGCAAUGUGAAUCUGUGUAUGAUUGUAUAAUGCCAGGAUACAAACAUACGGAUUAAGCUUUAUUUACCUGACAAUAACUCGUUUGUUUAACAUUUUUGUCUUGUCGCAUUCGA